AGAUACUUAUUUUCUGACUCCAUUGCUCUCCAUUUUCUCAGGAAACUCAAUGGCUCUUUCCUCCGUCCCUUUCCUUCGUCUCCUCCUCUUCUUCCUUUCUCUCACCCCUCUAGUCUUCUCUUCACCAUUAUCAAACCUUCCACAGACCUUCAUCGUCCACGUCUCCAGAUCUCACAAGCCAAUCUUCUUCUCCUCUCACCAUGAUUGGUACACAUCAAUCCUCCUAUCCCUGCCUCCCUCCCCCCACCCCACCAAGCUUAUCUAUACUUAUGGCCGCGCCAUCAAUGGCUUCUCCGCCCAUCUCACUGCAGCCCAGGCAGCGGAACUCCGCCGUGUUCCUGGGAUCCUCUCUGUUAUCCCAGACCAGAUUCGCCAGCUCCACACCACCCGCACUCCUCACUUUUUAGGCCUUUCUACGGGGUCUGGCCUUUGGCCUAAUUGUGCUUACGGUGAAGACGUGAUUAUUGGUGUUCUGGACACCGGAAUAUGGCCGGAACAUCCUAGUUUCUCGGACUCUGGUCUGUCUCCUGUUCCUGAUAAUUGGAAAGGUAUCUGCGAGACAUCGUCCGAUUUUCCUGCUUCUGCUUGUAAUCGGAAACUCAUCGGUGCAAGAGCCUUCUAUAAAGGGUUUGUGUCCUAUCAAGGUAAAGACAUUGAUGUAUCAAGAGAUUCAGCUUCUCCACGAGAUACUGAAGGUCAUGGAACCCACACAGCGUCCACUGCAGCUGGGUCCUUGGUUCAUAACGCGAGCUUUUAUGAAUACGCGAGGGGAAAAGCUCGCGGUAUGGCCUCAAAGGCAAGAAUUGCUGCAUAUAAGAUUUGUUGGAGCCUGGGUUGCUUUGACUCUGACAUUCUUGCAGCCAUGGAUCAAGCCAUUGCCGAUGGUGUCCAUGUGAUUUCAUUAUCCGUUGGUGCCACCGGUUAUGCUCCUCAAUACGAUCAUGAUUCGAUAGCUAUUGGGGCAUUUGGAGCAACCCAACAUGGAAUUGUUGUUUCUUGCUCUGCUGGGAAUUCAGGUCCAGAUCCUUUUACGGCCGUUAAUAUUGCGCCUUGGAUUCUCACUGUUGGUGCUUCCACCAUCGAUAGAGAGUUCCCAGCUGAUGUUGUGCUGGGCGAUGGGAGGAUUUUUGGUGGGGUGUCGCUCUACUCCGGUGAGCCGCUAGCGAAUGACAAGCUACCUUUGGUGUAUGCUGGUGAUAUUGGAAGUAGAUAUUGUUUUGUGGGGAGUCUAAGCCCAUCAAAAGUUCAGGGGAAAAUUGUGGUAUGCGAUCGAGGAAUGAAUGCAAGAGUAGAAAAGGGAAGCGCAGUGAAGCUAGCAGGUGGGCUCGGAAUGAUAAUGGCAAACACAGAAGAAAGUGGUGAGGAGCUGAUUGCAGACUCUCAUCUUAUACCAGCUACUAUGGUAGGCGAAAUUGCUGGAAAUCAGAUCCGACAAUAUAUCAAGUCGAAUCAAUUUCCUUCUGCAACAAUUGUUUUCCAUGGAACUGUAAUUGGGACAUCACCGCCAGCUCCUAAAGUUGCAUCCUUUUCCAGCCGUGGUCCAAACCAUUUAACACCGGAGAUUUUGAAGCCAGAUGUUAUAGCUCCUGGAGUUAAUAUAUUGGCUGGCUGGACAGGAGCUUCAGCUCCAACAGAUUUGGACAUUGAUCCUAGAAGAGUUGAGUUUAACAUAAUUUCAGGUACCUCAAUGUCCUGCCCCCAUGUUAGUGGAAUCGCUGCUUUGCUUCGAAAGGCAUAUCCAAAUUGGUCACCUGCUGCUAUAAAAUCUGCUCUAGUGACCACCGCUUAUAACUUGGAUAAUUCCGGCAAAAGCAUUGUUGAUCUUGCUAGUGGCAGUGAAUCAACGCCCUUUGUUCAUGGAGCUGGUCAUGUGGAUCCCAACAGUGCUCUUGAUCCUGGAUUGGUGUAUGACAUCAACACCGGUGACUAUAUUGCAUUUCUCUGCACAAUUGGGUAUGAUUCCAAGAGAAUUGCAGUUUUUGUUCCAGGGGCUGCAACUGUGGAUGCAUGUGAUCGAGAACUGGGUGGUCCAGGCAAUCUCAAUUACCCAUCAUUCUCUGUUGUUUUUGAGCCCACAACCAGUGUGGUUACACAGAAGAGGGUGGUGAAAAAUGUUGGAAGUUCUGUUGAUGCAAUAUAUGAAGUCAAGGUGAAUGCUCCUGCAAAUAUAGAGGUGAAGGUUUCACCAAGUAAGCUUGUGUUUAAUGCAGAAAAUCAGACAUUGUCAUAUGAUAUUACAUUCUCUAGUGGUAAUUUGGAUUGGUCUAGCAUUAGCUCACAAAGUUUUGGAUCAAUUGAGUGGAGUGAUGGAACUCAUAGAGUUAGAAGUCCCAUUGCUGUUAGGUGGAAGUGGAAUCAAGGAUCAUCCAGGGCUUCCAUUUGAGAAUUUGGAUUGUCCUCAACUUGUGUGGUUCUGUUUGCAAUCUGUCAGGUCUGUUGUACAAAAUUUAUGGAUACUGGUUUAGUUUUUAGUUUCACCAAGAUUUCAAGGUGGAGCAUUGAUGUAUUGCAGUAUUCGGAGCAAUAAAAUUUGUUUCUUGGCCCCCCUGCA